AUGCCCCUGCGCGGGAUAAGCUGCCGCGCUUGCUGGAGUAUAGCGAUCAUCGUGCCCCGUCACUGGUGGCACUAUGUGGAGGCGACGGAGACAUCGCUCAGUCUCAACUACUGGGUGCCUCUCAAGGACGACAUGGACCUGGCCCUGGACGAGUUUCUGGUCAACCACAUUGUCGAGAGCUUUGUCAAGGGCGAAAGUGAACAGACGAAGCAGUAUCUACUGAAUCCCAAUCAACUGGAGGACAUAUCCUCGACGCCCAGCGAACUGUUUGCCCAGUUCCAGCAGGCCGUACAGAAUGCCGAGAGCGAGGAGCACAAACGGAAGCUGUGGGAGCUCCUUGCUAGAGUGCGUCUCACCGUUCGGCACCUGGAGGUGAUGCCCAAGGAGGAAUACAAGCUCUUGCUGGAGUUCAACUCGAAGCGGCUGCAAACAGAGACGAGAACUGCUACUGAGAGUUUGCCGAUCAGCUCCACAUUGGAACUGCUCAUCAGCAGUAUGUGUGCCCCACGCACCAUUGCGGGCAUGAAACGAGAGUUCUUUCGGAGACUAUAUACGUGA